UUGUUGUCGCAAAGUUCAAAAGAGGUGCAAGUAUCGGUUAACAGGCAUUAUUCGGUUGUUUCUUUUUUCACCGUGUGUUGCUGUGGGUAUGGGCUUUGACAUCGAGAGAUUUUUGGACCCUGUAGAAGAUGAUUUUAAGUGUGGUAUUUGUUUUGGAGUAUUGGAUGACCCUCUGGUAACAACCUGUGGCCAUGUUUUUUGUUCUCAAUGUCUUGUACAUUGGAUUGCAGAAAAUGGGACAUGUCCGCUCACAUGCGAACAACUAGCAAUUGACGACCUAAAGAAGAUCCCGCCGUUGACCAGAUUAAUUUCUCUUCUCAACAUUCGGUGCUGUAAUUUCCAACGUGGAUGUCCCGCAAUUUUACGGAUUGAGAGUAUUCAAACACAUCAGCGUAAAUGCCAAUACGCAGAGGGUUUAACUUCCGGAGGCAAAAUUAUGGAUAAUUCUGAUUCUCCGGAACUCUCUGUCCAAGUUGUUGUAUGCGAGAAAGGUUGCGGAUUACCUUUGCUUUUUCACGACUGUACGGAGCAUGACUGCUUGAAAGCCCUCCAAACACACAUAGCAUCACUCCAAGUGAAAUUAACUAAAGUCGAACAUGAUAAGGAGCAACUUAGCGAGAAAACUACGUCGCGAGAGGAAACGCUACAGGACAGAAUACUGAAUCUGGAAAACGAACUCCAUAGCUACCAGACCCAGGCAUUGAAUGUAGAACGCCAAUUACGAGAGUACCGCUCGCAGAUUGGUUAUUUCCAGAAGCUAUUCGAGAUCAGGGGAGAGAAGCCGGUCGAAGAAAUGGAGGUAGAGGUAUUUCUGGAGCGUAUCGAUGGAUCUCUCGGGUUCAACAUCAUGGGAGGCUCUGAGGUCGGAAGCAAAACUGCUGGGGGUGGUGGAAUAGUGGUUUCUAAAAUCGCCGAGGGAGGGCCAGCUUCUAAGCCCGAUGGACUUCAAGUCCACGACAGAAUUAUCAAGGUAAACGAUAUCGACUUAACGGACGCAAGUCAUGGGAAAGCUGUGCAAACGUUCAAGGAAGCAGUGGAACCACUGUGUAUAAAAAUUCUUCGGAAAGUGGACAAAGAAAUUGAAUGUUUUAAUAAUAAAUUGGUUUCCAGUGGGACGCAAACGGACAGUUUAUCACAUGAUGUAGACACUGAUAGUGGAAUUCACGACCGAUAUAGCCCUAGGCAGGACCUACUCGGGCUGCAGAGGUCUAAAUCGCUGGACGACGGAACUAGUAGCUCGGAGUGCUCUCACCGAAGAAUAGACUCUAGCCGGGAUGACCUCGAGUUACCUGAUUUCAGAGGGGGAGCAUUUCCGUUCACAAGUGAUCUAGCCAGUAAUUCAGUGAACUCUCAAGAUGGUAGCGUCCCCCAGGUUACUGUUGUCGUAAAAGACGUUAAUUACGAACGUAUGGCGGACGAGAACUCGAAUUUCAAUACGGAUGGGGGCCAGUCAUUUCUGACAGCUGUGUCAGAUCAGGUGUUUUUCGACGAGGAGCUUGAUUAUGAAUAUGAGGAAAUAACGUUAUGGCUUGGUACUGGGGAUGUCGAUUUAGGUCUUACUUUCUGCUGCGGCGAGGAAGAUGAAUCAGCCGUCUAUGUUUGUGAGAUUGAGCCUGGUUCCGUUGCAUACUUGGACGGCCGACUUACUCUUUGGGACCAAGUUUUAAAGAUUGACAAUUUCCCCGUCACCCAUAUCAACGAUAUUGAACCGCUAGUCUGCGAAUCCUCAGAAACCAUCAAAUUCCUUGUCGCCCGGCCAGCUCAAGAGCUCCAGGCGACGCUGAUUGGAACAGAGGGGGAUGGAACGUGGGAUUACGCGGACAAUGCUUUACAUGGAUUCCAAAUCACCGCUAUAAAAGAAGAAGACGAGGAUGGCGCCGAGACUGUAAAUAGCGAGAAGACUAAUGGAGAUAAGUGCGAGAAAGAUAGCGGCUUCGGUAGAACCGAUGAGAGCACGAAGAACGACGAGAGUUCCGAGCAGGACACGACUGAGGACACAAAACGCGACAAAGGGAAAACGGGGAAGGGCUCUAAUGGGAAUGAACGCGGGGAUCGUACGGAGUGCAAAAAGGCCUCUCCUCCGGAGAGUCCGAAAAAAGAAUCAAAAACAUCGACGCAUUCGCGAGGGGAGAAUGGCUCUUCGAGUAAGGAGAGCAGUAGCAGUAGAGGUGGAAAGGAAUCAAGCAAACGUUCCCCUGAUCGUGACGAGAAAAAUGGACGCUCUAAUGGAUCGCCAAAACGCGAAAAGCAUCGUUCGGAUAGAAAACGGGAUAAGGAGGAAAGUCGUGAACGUGAUAGGGAUCGUGAUCGUGACCGAGAUCGCGACCGUGACAGGGACAGAGGGAAGCAUAAUGAUCAUCGCCGUAGUCGGCGGCUUGGAUGCGUGGACAGGAGUAUAAGAGCGUCGUAUAUGCGCGCGUGCAAUAAGGACUCAGUACAACACAUCAAUCUAUUCGGCGUCGAUACGGAGAGCAACAAAGGUGAUCAGCGUAAGCGUAAGUCCUCUAAGGAGGAAUCAAACAGCGAUACGCAGCAGAACACGGAAUGGAGAGUGCGCAUGACCAAGGACGGAAAACACAUCUUUGUUCGUAGGCAAUCGACGAAUUCUGCGAGAAUGGCGCGCAACAAGUUAUUGCGGGAUCGCGCGCAAAAGAUCACCGAGGAGCGACGAGGAAUGACAACUGAGGACGAGACUCAGUCUGUGUAUCUUGGACGGUAUUGGCCGCGCGACGCUCGCCGCACGCACCUGGAAAAGGUACGCGAGGCGAGGAAAAAGAAAACGCAAAAAAUGCAAAAAGGAUCCGAUAGCCCUCACACGGGCAGCGGGUCAGAGAGCGGGGCGACCCGCAGGGACCUCAUCGUUGAAAUGAGCCACAGGAAAAUGCACAAGAAGCGCGAGAAGAGUUUUGAUGACUUUGUGACUGUGCAGGAGUUGCUGAUGCAGCGGAAUCCGGAUGGCUCUCUUAGCGGUCCGGUCCAUGUUACUACAGUGUGAGGAAUCCAAGUAUUAGUAUGAUAUGAUAAUUAUUCCAGAUCUAUGUACAGAAUAUUGAGGUUUAUUGUAUAGUUUUGCUUAACGCUCGUGGGGAUGCUAUGGAAGUAUAGUCGCAACUGGUAUAUCAUAACAUGCGCUCGCGAAAAUUCUCUCUGUUACAGAAAUUAAAUCCAACUGAGCUUCGCUCCUGUAGCCUGUAGUAGCUUUACUACAGUGUGAAGAAUCAGCUAGUUAGAUCAGUUUAUUACCGAUCAAAGAGACCAGCAAGCUCGUUCAUGCUGGCAAUUCUAUCGUGCACUGGUCUGGAACCAAGCACUUAGGUUUCUUGGUCGUUACGAAUUUCUCCCUCUAUUACAAUUUAAAUUUUCCAAUCCCGUUUUUGAAUGUUACCUGCAUCCCACUACUAAAAACAAAUACGUUUGGCUUACCAAACCAAAAUAACGUAGUUAGCGCUGCGCGAUAGCUCAAACUCGGAUAAAUCGGGUAUUCCUUGGUGUUACGGGAGCUUUGUUUUUGGUGCUCAAGGCCUUUGUACUCUAUUUCUUUGUCUCGUUCUAAAGUCUUUGUUUUUUGGCUUUUGUUCCAUUGUGUUUUUGGUGCUGGUGCUCCGUAACACCAAGAAACUACCGAUAAAUCACACUCUCCGCUAAUUUAAACUAAUAAUAAUAAUAGUAAUAAUAAUAAACAAGUUCAGGUUUGGUUCGGGUUCAGGUUCAGGUUCGGAUUUUUUAUCAUUUCAACUCGGAUAUCUCGAACUCUUCGCUAACCCGGACUGUUUUCGCUUCCCUUGAGUGCUAUGAAAAUGAUUAGCGCACUUGCAAAGUCCUGGCUAUAAGCUUUUCAUCUUUGCGCAACUGGUCUAGAAUUAAACAGCGAGGUAUAGGUGAUGGUUAGGUAAUAUCAAAGUCAGAUUUGGAACUCUUUUUUUACGACAUGGGCGUGGUAGGUCAGCUAUUUAUGUACAAAAUAUACAGUAAAGAUAUUAAUUCCAAAGUUAUUUUUCUGUUCGAUAUCCUGAAUUCAGGUUAAUUUAUUAUGUCAGAAUUAUAUAUACGAGAGCAAAAGAGAUGUAGAUUUAUAUUUCGUUUAUCAAUUUAUCAGGAAAAUAUUUCCACUUUACAAUACUUUGGAUUGUAAAUAAAGUGUUAUGUAAAGAAAAA